GGAAGGAAGGCAAUCUCACAACAAUUAAAUUACACUCUGUUCAUGCAGUUCAGUCGACGUUAUACAUGCCCUUGAAUCGAAUCAAUAUCUUUGUGUCUGUCUGUCUCUUGCUGGACUCUGCUUCUGCUAAGCUUAUUUAUAGGCCUCCACUCACUCAUCUCUCCUUGCACUCCUCCCUGCAUGCAAGCUCCUCUAUCUAGCUAGCUACUCUACUCUACUCGAUCAAGAUCAAGAUCUAUCAUGGACGCAGCAGCAGCCAUGGAGAAGCAGCAGCAGCCGGGCGAGAAGAAGAUCACCGGCGGCGAGGAGGAGGAGGAGGAGGAGGUGAUCAGCAGCGUCCGGUACCGAGGAUGGAAGUCGAUGCCAUACGUGAUAGGGAACGAGACGUUCGAGAAGCUGGGCACCAUCGGCACCACCGCCAACCUGCUGGUGUACCUCACCACCGUCUACCACCUCCCCAGCGUCCGCGCCGCCACCCUCCUCAACUUCUUCUCCGGCACCACCAACCUCGCCCCCCUCCUCGGCGCCUUCCUCUCCGACACCUUCCUCGGCCGCUACACCACCAUCGCCGCCGCCUCCCUCGCCUCCUGCCUCGGCAUGCUUGUGCUUACCCUCACCGCCGCCAUCCCAUCUCUCCACCCCCCACCUUGCACUGCCUCCUCUUCCUCGUCGUCGUGCCAGGGCCCCACACACGGCCAGCUCGCCGCUCUCCUCGCCGCCUUCGCCUUCCUCGUCGUCGGCGCCGGCGGCAUCCGCCCCUGCAACCUCGCCUUCGGCGCCGACCAGUUCGACCCGCGCACCGACUCCGGCCGCCGCGGCAUUGCCAGCUUCUUCAACUGGUACUACUUCACCUUCACCGUCGCCAUGAUGCUCUCCGCCACCCUCAUCAUCUACCUCCAGAGCAACGUCAGCUGGGCGAUCGGACUCGCCGUCCCCGCCGCCCUCAUGGCCAUCUCCUGCGCGCUCUUCUUCAUGGGCACCCGCCUCUACGUCCGCGUCCGCCCCGAGGGCAGCCCCUUCACCAGCUUCGCCCGGGUCAUCGUCGCCGCCGUCCGCAAGCGCCGCGUCCCCGCACCGGCCUCCGCCGACGACCUGUUCGACCCGCCGCACCAGAGCAAGCUGGUGGCCAAGAUCGCGUACACGGACCAGUUCCGGUGCCUGGACAAGGCCGCCGUGGUGACGCCGGAGUCGAGAUCGAGCCCGUGGCGGCUGUGCACGGUGCAGCAGGUGGAGGAGGUGAAGUGCCUGGCGCGGAUCAUCCCGGUGUGGUCGGCGGGGAUCGUGUACUUCAUCGUGGUAACGCAGCUGGGCACGUUCGUGGUGCUCCAGGCGCUGCAGAUGGACCGGCGGCUGACGAGGUGGUGGGCGUUCGAGGUGCCGGCGGGGUCGAUGGUGGUGUUCAACAUGAUGGCGAUGACGGUGUGGAUCCCGGUGUACGACCGGGUGGUGGUGCCGGCGCUGCGGCGGGUGACGGGGAAGGAGGGCGGGAUCAGCCAGCUGCAGCGCAUCGGGGUGGGGCUGGUGCUGUCGGUGGCGACGAUGGUGGUGGCGGCGGCGGUGGAGCAGCGGCGGCGCCGGCUGGGCGCGGUGGGAGUGAAGAUGUCGUUCCUGUGGCUGGUGCCGCAGCAGGUGGCGGCGGGGAUGUCGGAGGCGUUCGCGGCGAUCGGGCAGACGGAGCUGUACUACAGGCAGUUCCCGGAGAACAUGAGGAGCGUGGCGGGGGCGCUCUUCUUCCUGGCGUUCGCGCUGGCCAACUACGCGAGCGGCUUCAUGGUGGCGGCGGUGCACCGGACCACGGGGUGGCUGGCGCAGGAUCUGAACCACGCCCGCCUCGACCUCUUCUACCUAACCGUCGCGGCCAUCGCGGCGGCCAACGUCUGCUACUUCCUCCUCUGCGCCCGCUGGUACAGGUUCAAGAACACCACCAUCGCCGACCACGUCGAGCUGCCGGAUUAUCAUCAUCAUCAGCCCGGAACCGCCAACACCAUAGCCUCCAAGGUUUAAUUAAUUUUAUUAUCACAAUCGAUCACUCUACUGUAGAUGGUAGAUAGAUUUAGAGGUACGUCAUCGAUCGAUGCAUCACCAUACACAGUAGGAGUAUAAUAUCUGUAUGUAUCAGACGCAAAAACACUAUAAUCUCUUCUUCCUCCUCACUCUCACGCGUUCCACGGCAAGCCAAUAGCCCAAUACUACGUACAAUCGCCUUCCUAUUUUA